AUGUCUGCCACCCCGUCGGCCGGCCUGCUCGCCUUCACCGAGUCGGCGCAAAAGAACGGCGCAGGCCCCUCGGCCAAGUCGGCGAAAAGGAAGCCAAAGCAGCGCUCCUCGGGUUCCCAUUCGGCUGCAGGCCGCCACAAGGGUAAGACUGCCGCCAUUGACUUUGACGAGGCCGCCAGGGCAGAGUACCUCACCGGCUUCCAGAAGCGCAAGGCGGCCAGAAAGGAGGCGGGCAGGGAUUUCCUCCGGAAAAAGCAAAAAGAGGAGCAGCUCGCCACCCGCAAAGAGGCCAGGGAGGCAAAGAAGCAGAGGGCCAGGGAAAACCUAAAGGCCGACCGACGCGCAAUGGGCCUGCCCAGCGACAGCGAGGCCGAAGACGACGGCGGUGACGACGGCGGCGACAUCGACACCGUGCCCGCCCUGCAUGACGAGACCUACGACGACGACGAGCACCACACCGAGGUCGUCGUCGAGGCCUUUGACCCGCAAGACGAGGACAAGAGGCAGGCAGACGAGCAGGCCCGCGUCCUCGCAAUGGCUCGCGAACACAAAAAGGCAAAGGCCGCCGCUGCUGCCGCUGCCGCCGCCGCCAAGCCCCCGCCGUCCUCGCCGUCAUCGCUGCCGUCCGUCGCCCUCACUGCCGUCGAAGCCCUCCCUCCCUCCUCGGCCAAGGCCAACAAGGCAAAUGCAAACGAAGAGCAAGAAGAACCAGACUCGGACCCGCCGCAGCAUGAGCCGCACCCCGGUCAAAAAAGGCUCCACGUCUCGGGGCUCACAGAAGCCUUCACAGCGGAGGAGCUAAAGCAGCGCUUCUCCGCCUUUGGCCGCGUCGUCGCCCUCGACGAGUGGCCCGGCCCGCCCAGCGCCACGGGCCAGCUGCGGCCGUUUGCCUACCUCACCAUCGAGGCGACGGGCCCGCAGGUGUCGCGCUGCAUCAACCUCCUCAAUGGCUCCAUGUGGAAGGGGACCAAGCUGCGCGUCGGAGAGGCCAAACCAGACUACCGCAAGAGGAGGAUCAUCGAGCUGGAAAAGGAAAAGGCGGCGCAGGGAGUCGACAAGCCAGCCAAGCGCAAGCGGCUCCCCGGCCACAUUGGCGUCGAGAGCAGCAACAUGGAGCCCGUCACGCCGCAGCGGGUCAAGGCGGGCCUGUGGGGCUGGAAGCGGACGCCCGCCGGCCACCUGAUCCGGCCGCUGCACAUCCGUCCCGAGCACCCGCUGCCCAAGCCCGCCCCGCUCAAGACAAAGGACGGCGAGAAUGUCAAGGGCACGCGGCGUCCGCGGGCCAACGCCGUGCCCUCGAAGCGCGCCAAGCGGAUCACCAUCGACCCCACGCGCUACGGCGCCGUCCACAUCACCGGAUCCAUGCUCGACGGCUUCGCUGCGGGCGCCCUCGACGUCGGCUCGCUCGGCCCAGGCGAGUGGCAGUGCGACGAGAUCGGCGAUGACGACGGAGACGAGGACGAUUCUGAUGGGAGCGACGUCGCCGCCGCUGCCGCCUCGCGCGCCGCUGCGGUUCCGGCCGACGCCUCGACGAGGCUGGUCCGGUGGAGAUACGUCGGAAAGGAUGGCAAGACGCUCCACGAGGAGUUUGCCAAGCUUCUGGUGCGCCCCGUGGUGCCGCCCCCUCGCACCGUGCCGGUAGCGGAUGCCGGUGCAGCGGGCGUCGAGCAGAGAAGCGGCGAGGCCGAUCGCGACGCCGUCGAAGAGGCCGGCGAGGUUGCCGCCAACGACGAAGCGCUCGAACUCGAGCUCGGUGCGGAUGCAGAGCUGUCGGACGCCGACAGCGAUCUGUUCGCCGGCUUCCCGAGCACGCUGGCCGCGGCCAAGAAGAGCGAGCCAGGCCCCGACGAGGAUGCGUCCGACAGCGAGGCAGAGGCUGCAGCGUCGGACGCGGGGAGCGAUCUCUUCUCUGGCUUCCCCUCGUCGAUCUCGGCCGCGAAAGCGGAAGCGGAAGCGACGGCAAAGCAACCCUCGGCCGUGGCUCAGAGCGCCAGCGCCAAGGCAGCGGAACCAGCGCCGGCGCCGCUCUUCGACCUGAUCCCCAAGGCUCCCUACGAUCCCGAUGCCGAAUCCGACUUUUCCGAGGGAUACCAGGAGGGCCCCAUCUCCGGCGGCAACGGCCAGGGCACCAAGGCCGUCCCGGCGCAGGACUAUGCGGGCGAACGCGACAAGACGCUCGGUCUGCUGUCGAGCCUGUUUGGCUCGGGCAUCGUCGACGUCGGCCAGGUCGAAGCUGCCCCGGCCCCGAUCUACACGCCCUAUGCCGAGGAGGACGACGACGACAUCGAGGCGAUCAUCUCCAAGCCUGCGCCUGGCGCUAUCGAGGUUGAGAGCGUAGCGGCGGCGGCGGCGACCCCGGAUGGUGAUGCAGACGAUCAGCUCACCAUUGAGCCUCGCGCAUCGUUGCUUCCGGGCUCGGAUGACUCGGACAGCGAUGAGUCGUCGUCGUCGUCGUCGUCGUCGUCGUCGUCCUCUGCAUCUUCCUCGUCGAACGAGUCGCAAGCGGCAGCAGCAUCACCUCACGGCGACGACGGUCUGCCACCUCAAGACGAUCAGGGCGACGCCGAGUCGGACUUGGACUCCGACUCGGGUUUCGAGUCGAGCUCCCACUCUGAUUCUUCCUCCGCCUCGAGCGCUCCGAAGCCGAAGGAAGUUGCUGCUGCAGUCGAGGCGGUUGACGCCGGUGUCAACGUCAGCGAACCCGAAGACGCGGAGAUGGCGGAGCGCGAGCCGUCCCGCGAAUCCUCACCGACGCCUGCCGUUGCUCCGGAGGCUCCCUCGGUCAACGACAAAGCCAAGCCGAGCGAUGCUCCGACCGAGACGCCUGCCUCUGAGCCGGCGUUAGGCGAUGCAGAGACGCGGAUGAAGAGGCUGACCGAGAUGUUUAGGCCGCAAGAGGAGAGCGCAGCGGGCAAGGGCUUCUCGCUGAUGGGGGUGCUGGGCGACGACCUCGACCUCGAGCUCGACGACGAGCUCGACUUUGCCGUCGUCGACGACGAGGAAGAGGCGCGGGGCGCAGCUGCCGAUGCAGCGGGUACCGAGGCCAGUGCAUCGAGCGCCGCUGCCGCCGCCGCCGCCGCCGCAGUGGCAGCGCGGGGCCCGCACUCGUGGUUCGACGGCAACCCCGAGAUCCCGAUGCUGUUCCCCAGCGCGCGUCCGGGACCGCGCUCGAUCCUGGACAGGCUCAAGGAUCCGCAGAUGGCGCCCCUGGUGGCGCCGGCGGCCCCGCGGCUGCUGGCGCCGUCGCGAGGCUUUGGGGGCGCGGGAUCGUCAAUGACGGGCGCCAAUGCGGUGCCCGUGUCGAGCAACACGGUCGGCUACGUGGUCUUCUGCCGCACCGAGACCGAGGCCGAGCUGGACGAGGUUUGGGCGUCGAGGCGCGUGCGGCUCACCAAGGAGUUUAAGAAGAUGCACCGCGAGGCCGUGCGCAAGAAGAAGCGCAAGUUUGUCGGGUCCAGGCGCGCCGCUGCGCUGGCGGCCGGUGGCGACGCGGGCGAGCAGCCUCGGCCGCAGGCUGGCGGUGGGCCCGCUGCUGCCACGGCGGCGUAG